GGUCCGACUCGCAGUCAGGAAGUGAGAAGUGGAGAGGAGUAAGAAUUAUUUGCCAUGCAGUCCAAAACAUUACCAGUGCCUACCUGAACGUUGCCUUGGUCCGGGACUCGCCCCAGGAUGGCUCUGAUCGAGGGCGUGGGGGACGAGGUGACCCUGCUCUUCGGGGUGGUGUUCCUGGCGCUGGUGCUGGUGCUGGCGUGGGCCUCCACCCACACGACCGACCGCUCCGAGCACCUCUUCGCCCCCACCCCGGCCCCCGCCCCCACGCACAGGACCGCCCCCUCCCAGGAAAGCGCCAGCCCCGAUCCACACCCCCCUGAGAGCCCCCCGGCUGCAGGGAGCCAGGGGGAGGAGGGCAAGAGCGAGCCCCCCAGGGAGGUGAGGGAGGAAGGGCCAGCCGCCCCGGUGGGGGAGGAAGGGGGCGGAGCCUCAGCAGAAAGGGGGCUGGGCUCGGACGGCCUGCGGCACAGGGUACCCGCCGGCACCACCCAGGCCACCCCCGGCCCCUCUGACCCACCCCCGGCCAGCGCCGCAAGUGCCACCCCGCCUGCCUCGGACGACGCCCAGAGGAACAUGGUCCUCCGUCUCAAGUUCCUCAACGACACAGAGAGAGUGGCCCAGGUCAAGCCCGAGGACACCAUUGGCUACAUCAAAAGGACGUACUUUGCGGGGCAGGAGCACCAGGUACGCCUGAUCUACCAGGGCCAGCUCCUGCGGGACGACGCCCAGACCCUGGCGUCGCUCAACCUGGCGGACAACUGCGUCCUGCACUGCCACAUCUCGCAGCACGCCACGCCCCAGGUGCCGGCGGGGGCGCGGGCGGCCGACCAGGUGCACGUGGCGCUCAACGUGGGCAGCCUGAUGGUGCCACUGUUCGUGCUCAUGCUGUCGGUGCUGUGGUACUUUCAGAUCCAGUACCGGCAGUUCUUCACCGCCCCGGCCACCGCCUCGCUGGUCGGCAUCACCAUCUUCUUCAGCUUUGUGGCGUUCGGCGUCUACCGCCGAUAAGCAAACCCCCCCCCCCCAACCCCAGGACUGCGCCCACACCCUCCCUACACACACACACAUACACA